AUGGGUUCCAAAUGCACGAUUCCAAGCAAGAAAAAAGCCUGUUCGAAGCCUAAAGUGUCAAAUAAAGUCCACUCAGAAAGUACUCCACAAAUCCCUAUAUAUUUCUAUACCAGAAAUGAAGCCUAUUCCAAAACAGCCCAAAAUUUUUUUCCGCUUCUUAAAAAGGGGAAAGAAAAUUUGCUCAAAAUUUUACUGAUAGAGUUAUCCCCAAAAGCUCGGUGAAACCUAUGAAAAACAGUUUUGAAUUGUAAAAUCGAUUAUUCUAAAUACGUUCAAAUUUCGGAUUCAGUUAAAGACCCGGACCUGAUAUACGUAAUUGAUAAAGACAUAGAGCGCACAUUUCCUAGCCACCCAGAAUUCUCUGCAAAUGGGAAAUACCUUAUCUCAUUAAGACAGCUCCUAUUAAACUUCAUAGGAUUCAAUAAAAUUGACUAUUGCCAAGGGAUCAAUUUUAUAGCUGGCAUGCUAUUAAUUGUAUCAGGCGGAAAUGAAUGCGAAAGUUACUGGAUGCUUGAUUGCAUUUUCAAUAAAUUUGGAGUCAAAAAUUUAUUUGACGUAGAUUUCUCACUUGUAAAUACUUUUGCCGAUCGCUUUUAUAAAGAAGCUGAAAAUUUAUUUCCAACUGUUUCUCAACAUCUUGAUAAUGUUGAGUUUGAUGACAUGUUAUGGCUCAAAAAGUGGUUUCUUACGAUGUUUACCUAUUCAUUUCCACUAUCCUGUAGUAUAAGAAUUUGGGAUUUUUUGAUGGUUUUUGGACUUGGUGGGAUGGUAAAUAUUGCACUAGGAAUUAUAAGCCACUAUCAAAAUGAAAUUUUAAACAGCGACUUUGAAGGCUUACUUGAGUUUUUUUCUAAUCUUAUUACCGAAAAUGUGGACAUUGAAAAAAUAUUAGAUACCACAUUAAAACUAAAGAUACAAACACUCAUUCUUGAAGAAGAUGAAUCUGAAAACGAAAGCUUACUUAUUCCUGAAGAAUUUGAAAAUGAUGAGCGUAUAAAAACAGCCUGGGACACUUACACAUUAGACGAAGUCCCUAAAGAUUUUGUGAAAGCAGUUGCUGACACUCCUACAGCAAAAUAG